GUCCGUCUGUCUGCUCUCUCGACGUCAGUGGGAAUUUCCAGCCAGGAAGUGAGAGAGUGAGCGAGAGAGGACGAGAGAGAAGUACCGAGGCGAGCCGGGCAGGAAGAGGAGGUUUCGCCACCCGAGCAGCCCGGCAGCGCGCUGACGGCUUCCCGUGCCCUGCGCGCCCCCGGCCUGCCGCCGCCGCCGCCGCCGCCCUCAGCCUGCUCGCGGGCCGGCUCCAGCAGCGCAGGCCGGAGCUCAGGGCCCCGCCGCUCCCGGCCCGCCCCGCGCUUCUCCUCCCGCGCCGCAGCCAUGGCGCGCCGCUGAGCCGCCGGCCCGCGCUCCGACCCCGCUCGGGCUCCCGCCGGUCCGCGCCGCCCCGCAGCGGGAGCCCGCAGGCGAGGAGAGGCCGCGCCGCACCUCCAGGGUACCCUCAGAGGCCAGAAGAGGGUGUCGGAUCCCUUGUAGCUAGAGUUUGAGGAUCGUGAGCUGCCCCAUCUUCAACAUGGCGGAUGAUGAUCCCUACGGAACUGGACAAAUGUUUCAUUUGAACACUGCUUUGACUCACUCAAUAUUUAAUGCAGAAUUAUAUCCACCAGAAAUACCACUGUCAACGGAUGGCCCAUACCUUCAAAUAUUAGAGCAACCAAAACAGAGGGGAUUUCGAUUCCGCUAUGUGUGUGAAGGCCCAUCACACGGAGGGCUUCCAGGCGCCUCUAGUGAGAAGAAUAAGAAGUCCUAUCCUCAGGUCAAAAUUUGCAACUAUGUGGGGCCUGCAAAGGUUAUCGUUCAGUUGGUCACAAAUGGAAAAAACAUCCACCUGCACGCCCACAGCCUGGUGGGCAAACACUGUGAGGACGGCAUAUGCACCGUAACAGCAGGACCCAAGGACAUGGUGGUUGGCUUUGCAAACCUGGGAAUACUUCAUGUGACUAAGAAAAAGGUAUUUGAAACACUGGAAGCACGGAUGACAGAGGCGUGUAUACGGGGCUACAAUCCUGGACUUCUGGUGCAUUCUGACCUUGCCUAUCUACAGGCAGAAGGCGGAGGAGACCGGCAGCUCACAGACAGAGAGAAGGAGAUCAUCCGCCAGGCAGCUCUGCAGCAGACCAAGGAGAUGGACCUGAGUGUGGUACGCCUCAUGUUCACAGCCUUCCUCCCCGACAGCACUGGCAGCUUCACUCGGAGACUGGAGCCUGUGGUGUCAGAUGCCAUCUACGACAGCAAAGCCCCUAACGCGUCCAACCUGAAAAUCGUGAGGAUGGACAGAACAGCAGGCUGCGUGACGGGAGGGGAAGAGAUCUAUCUUCUCUGUGACAAGGUUCAGAAAGAUGACAUCCAGAUUCGGUUUUAUGAAGAGGAAGAAAAUGGCGGAGUUUGGGAAGGAUUUGGGGACUUUUCCCCCACGGAUGUUCAUAGACAGUUUGCCAUUGUCUUCAAAACGCCAAAGUAUAAGGAUGUCAACAUUACAAAACCAGCUUCCGUAUUUGUUCAGCUUCGGAGAAAAUCGGAUUUGGAAACUAGUGAACCGAAACCCUUUCUCUACUACCCUGAAAUCAAAGACAAAGAGGAAGUACAGAGGAAACGCCAGAAGCUCAUGCCCAACUUCUCGGACAGUUUUGGUGGCGGCAGUGGAGCGGGAGCCGGUGGUGGAGGCAUGUUCGGUAGUGGCGGUGGUGGAGGGAGUACCGGAAGUCCCGGCCCAGGGUACGGCUUCCCGCACUAUGGAUUUCCUGCUUACAGUGGGCUUUCAUUCCAUCCUGGAGCCACUAAAUCCAACGCAGGGAUCACCCAUGGCACCAUAAACACCAAAUUUAAAAACGACCCUAAAGAUUGUGUCAAGAGCGAUGACAGGGAGAUUCUGAAUCUCCCUGAGAAGGAAACCGAAGGUGAGGGGCCCGGCCUGUCCAUGGCCAGCACCCAGACCGAAACAAUUGCCCUGACAUCCACCAUGGAAGACAAGGAACAGGAUGUGGGGUUUCAGGAUAACCUCUUUCUCAAGAAGGCUCUGCAGCUCGCCAAGCGGCACGCCAACGCCCUUUUCGACUACGCAGUGACAGGAGAUGUGAAGAUGUUGCUGGCCGUGCAACGCCAUCUCACCUCAGUGCAGGAUGAGAAUGGGGAUAGCGUCUUACACUUAGCCAUCAUCCAUCUUCAUGCUCAGCUCGUGAGGGAUCUGCUAGAAGUCACAUCUGGUUUGAUCUCCGAUGACAUCAUCAACAUGAGAAAUGAUCUGUAUCAGACACCUUUGCACUUGGCCGUGAUCACCAAGCAGGAAGAUGUGGUGGAGGACUUGCUGAGGGUUGGGGCUGACCUGAGCCUUCUGGACCGCUGGGGCAACUCUGUCCUGCACCUAGCUGCCAAAGAAGGACAUGAUAAAAUCCUCAGCAUCCUACUGAAGAACAGGAAAGCAGCACUCCUCAUUGACCACCCCAACGGGGAAGGUCUAAAUGCCAUUCACAUAGCUGUGAUGAGCAAUAGCCUGCCGUGUCUGCUGCUGCUCGUGGCUGCUGGGGCGGAAGUCAAUGCUCAGGAGCAGAAGUCUGGGCGCACCGCACUGCACCUGGCCGUGGAGUACGACAACAUCUCAUUAGCUGGCUGCCUGCUUCUAGAGGGUGAUGCCCACGUGGACAGUACCACCUAUGAUGGGACUACACCUCUGCAUAUAGCGGCUGGAAGAGGGUCCACCAGACUGGCAGCUCUUCUCAAAGCCGCAGGAGCAGACCCCCUGGUAGAGAACUUCGAGCCUCUCUAUGACCUGGACGACUCUUGGGAGAAGGCUGGAGAAGACGAGGGAGUGGUGCCAGGCACCACACCCCUGGACAUGGCUGCCAACUGGCAGGUAUUUGACAUACUAAAUGGGAAACCAUAUGAACGAGUGUUCACAUCUGAUGAUAUACUACCACAAGGAGACAUGAAGCAGCUGACGGAAGACACAAGGCUGCAACUCUGCAAGUUGCUGGAAAUUCCUGAUCCAGACAAAAAUUGGGCCACUCUGGCACAGAAGUUAGGUCUGGGGAUAUUGAACAAUGCCUUCCGGCUGAGUCCUGCUCCUUCUAAAACUCUUAUGGACAACUAUGAGGUCUCUGGGGGUACCAUCAAAGAGCUGAUGGAGGCCCUGCAACAGAUGGGCUACACAGAGGCCAUUGAAGUGAUCCAGGCAGCCUUCCGCACCCCGGAAACCACGGCCUCCAGCCCCGUGACCACUGCUCAGGCCCACAUGCUGCCUCUCUCGUCUUCCUCCACAAGGCAGCACAUAGAUGAGCUCCGGGAUAGUGACAGCGUCUGUGACAGUGGUGUGGAGACAUCCUUCCGUAAACUCAGCUUUACAGACUCUCUCAGUGGAGACAGCCCCCUGCUAUCUCUGAACAAAAUGCCUCACAGUUAUGGGCAGGAAGGACCUAUAGAAGGCAAAAUUUAGCCUGCUGCCAGUUUCCCACACUGUGUAAACCAAAGCCCUGAAAGUCCAUUGCAUCGUUCCAAAGGAGGAAGGCAGCGCACAUCCAAAGGUGCUGGCGGAUCACCGGCCUGCAGGGCCAUUCUUGAUUUCAUUCAAGGCCUUCCAAAUUUGGCCUCCUUUCUUGGUUCUGAAAUGAAAUUUAGAUGUCAUACACAGAUGGUGUCUAGCAAUCACAGCACUCGACUGCACGCUGUGUGGCUUGGGUAUGGUGGCUUAGCUUUUCCAGCUGCUACUAGAUUACACUUGCUUUGUGUUAUUACUGCUGUCCCUCUGCUGGGUUCCUGCUGUCAUUAAAAGGUGUCGCUGCCCCCACCUGGUGUUCUUUCUAGCCAUCUCCAGUACAGCUGUGCAUUCAAAUUAAGAUUAAGGAAAAAGAUAUUUUUAAAUGAGUAACUUGAUGCGCAAUAAAAAACAAAGACAUUGCUUUUUCUAAUGUGGUUUAUCUGUGAUUUAAAGAAAACACAUGAACUUAACAAUAUUUAAAACAUGCUACAAUCAGUGCUGAAAAUAGUAUUUUCCCCCUUUUCUGCAUUUUACUAUUGUAAAUAUGUUUUCUAAAUCAAAUACUUUAAAAGGAAGAAAUGUUGGAUUUAUAAAUGCUAUUUUUUAUUUUACUUUUAUAAUAAAAGUACAAGCACAA